AUGGAUCUUAUAGAUUCUUUAAAGCCCUUACAUAUCUCCAUGCUAAUCGGUGGUCUCUCACAAUAUCUCGUGGAUCGUAAAACGGGCAAAGUCUAUCGUUCCCGUUUGCUCGAGUCUUAUGCCAUCUGCACAUUCAUCAUCUCACUAGCUGUACUACUCUAUGGCACCUUCAGUGAUAAUGAGUUCUUUCGUAAAUCCGACAAUGAUAUCGGACAUACAGUGGACUAUAUACAAAUGAUUGGCAUUCGCGUAUCACAUAUUGUAACUAUUUUAGAGGCGUUCCUACAGCGAAAAGGUCAAGGGACUUUCGUCAAGCAGAUUCAGGAGAUUGAUCGUAUUUUUGAGUGUUCACUCAAUGUGGAUGUAGAGAAUCGCUCGUUACGUCGAAAAAUGCUACGUCGCGGCGCCAUUAUGGUCUUCAUUUAUAUGAGCACCGAACUCUUAAUACUCAUCGCAUACUUUUUCACCAAAGAUCGCCAUUUCUCCAUUUAUUGGCUAUUUUAUUUAUUGCCAUUUUGUAUUUGUGGCGUACGCUAUUUUCAAAUAUUCGCCGCAAUUAUGAUUAUACGUCAGCGUUUGGAUAAAUUAGUGGAAACACUGAAUGAACUAAAUCUUUUGAAAGCGAAACCGGAAACAACGGAGUAUCUGAAGCGUAAAUAUAAUAUGGAUAAUCCUGAUAUGAAACGUCUACUGAUCAUACGCGAUCUCUACAAUCGCUUGUGGGAGGUAACGGUUACCGUCAAUAACGAUUUCGGUGUUUCAAUAUUGACCAACGUGGGUAAUGAUUUUAUCUCCAUCACAUCGAAUUGUUAUUGGAUUUUUUUGAAUUUCAAAAGUUAUUCUGGCACACUGCAAGAUUUCUUACAAAUCGCUAGUAGCGCCAUCUGGUCAGCACCGCAUCUUUACAAUGUGCUCAUGUUGGCGUUGCUCUGUGAGAGAACAAUACAGAAGACCACGGCAAUCGCUUUGGGUCUUCAUCGUAUGGAGACAAAUGUGUGGAAUGACAACCAUAACACAGUGAUCGAGCAGUUCUCCUUGCAGCUCUUACAUCAGAAGUUGACCUUCUCGGCUGCCGGUUUCUUUGAUAUUAACUGUACACUACUUUAUAGGAUCGUUGGUGCCACAACUACAUACCUAAUUAUACUAAUACAAUUUCAUAUGAGUGCGGAUAAGUUGACGACGAGUUGA